AUCUGUCGUUUCUUCCUCUUCUUUUCAAGUCUCUUAGAACAUGUUCGCCCAUCCAGUAAGAUCACUCUGUUUCAACAGGUGCGCCGUCGGUCGAAUCGCGAAUUUCUCGUCUGUUGCAGCCAUGGCCAGCAAUAAGUUUCGCCUGCCCGACAAGUACCAGGGACUGGAGAAAAAUGUUUGGGUGGAAUUCAUUCAGCUCGCGUUGGAGAACAAGCCAGUGAAUCUCGGUCAGGGCUUCCCGGAUUUUGCAGCGCCGGAUUACGUGACCGGUAGUCUGAAAGAUGUUGUGACUGGACCGGAUGUUUUGCUGAAUCAGUACACGCGUGGAUUUGGACAUCCAAGGUUGAUUGCCGCUCUUUCUAAGCUGUAUUCUGGGUUCGUGGGAAGAAAUAUCAACGGAGCAACCGAAAUAAUUGUGACGGUCGGAGCGUAUGAAGCUCUUUUCUGUUCCAUCAUGGGGCACGUAAAUUCUGGUGAUGAAGUGAUUGUGAUAGAGCCAUUUUUCGACUGCUAUGAGCCGAUGAUCCGACUGGCUGGUGGCGUUCCUCGCUUUAUUCCUUUGCGACCGAAAAGGAAAGAAGGUGUUGUGCACGCCAGUGACUUCGUCCUCGAUGAAGCGGAGCUGGAAUCCAUGUUUAAUGAGAAGACGAAGGCGAUCAUUGUCAACACUCCGCAUAAUCCUCUAGGCAAAGUUUUCACUGCGGACGAGUUGCAGACGAUUGCUAAUUUGUGUCAGAAAUACAAUUGCUUGGCGAUCAUGGACGAGGUUUAUGAGCACAUGGUGUUCGAAGGACAAAAACAUAUCCGCAUGGCGACUCUCCCGGGAAUGUGGGAUCGCACAAUCACGAUCGGCAGUGCGGGAAAAACGUUCUCUGUGACUGGUUGGAAGCUUGGUUGGGCGUAUGGACCUGCGGAGCUGAUCCGGAAUUUGCAAGUUGCUCAUCAAAACGCGAUCUACACGUGUUGCACUCCGAUACAGGACGCGGUUGCGCGAGCCUUCGAGUUGGAAAUGAGCAGAUUGUCUUCUCCGGAAUGCUAUUUCAACUCUAUUUCGGUGGAGCUGCAGACGAAGCGAGAUUUCAUGGUGAAAUUUUUGAAAGAGGCCGGUAUGGUGCCUGUCAUUCCUGAAGGAGGAUAUUUUAUGCUGGCUAAUUGGGAGCCAUUGGCGCCGAAACUGUUGGAGCACCUGAAAGAUGAACCGGAUCCCGAACUGGAUUAUAAACUCGUCAAGUGGAUGUCCAAGCAUCACAAAUUGCAGGGAAUCCCACCGUCUGCCUUCUACUGUGCAGAUCACAAGAACCUUGGCGAAAAAUACAUCAGGUUUUGCUUCAUCAAGGAGGAUGAGAAUCUCGAGAAGGCUGCAGAAAUUCUUAAGCACUUGAAGUUGACACUGGACAGCAGGCUGUGAUGUAAUUUUAGAAAACUGAGCCGAAUCGGAAGUCGGAAAUACUCGUGUUGGGGGUUCAUAUGCAUAAUUUUUGCGCCGAUGUAUUUCAUAGUGUAUAUUAUGCUGUGGUGCUGAGAAAGAAUUCACGAUCCAAUUGUGGGAGUA